CCCCGGCAAGUCGCUGCCCUCUUGGCGGCGCCAGUUUUGAUUAGAUUGCCCUCCGUCUCCCACGCCUACCCCCCUGGUGAGGAGCGCUCGCCCAUGGGCUGAUCGCCUGCCGUUCAGCAUCCCUCCUGCAGUAUUCCCAGCCUUGCCCUCGGGCCCUCGGCAAUUUUGACGCUCGCCGCCCCGCCCCGAUCAACAGAGGGAGGCGCAUAGAUCACAACCAUGUGGUACCCAUUGGAUUACAUUAUUCUCACCAUGAGCUGGACCUGGGUGGUCGGGCUCUCUUUCUACCUUUCCCGCCGGAAGCAGGAGCCCGUCCAGUCGCGCGGCUGGUUCCACACCUCGAUGAUCACCCUGGCGUCGCUGGUCCACGCGGCUGCCCUGGUCCUAGUCCACCGGCCGCACAUGUCGUGCCUGUGGCCGUACCUCUCCACCACGAUGCUUCCCUACAUGUGGGGGCUGCCCUUCCUCAACCGCGGUUUCGAGCUUUACGCUUUGCACGAGUACCACGCGAUGAAUCUUCUCGGCCAGACGCACACCGCUCGCUUCCGGCGCAUCAAGCGCAUGAGGGAGUUCGCCUCCGGCGUGGUGCCGCAGCUGUGUGUCUACUGCACCACGCUUCUCUUUGCCGGCCUCAUUGGCUGGAUGAUUCUCAUUGUGGGCCGCAUGGACAUGACCACCUUCAAGGGCGGUGUUGAUGGUGGGAAUGUCUGCCUCCGGCCGGCCCUCUGGGCCGCCGUCCCCGGCGACCUGAUCAUCAUUCUGCUGGCCUGCUGGAUUGCCUGGCUCCUCCGCGGGCGCCGUGACACCUACCUCAUCAAGGCCGAGCUGACCGUGGUCAUUGUCGGUACCCUGUUGAUGAAUGUGGUUUACAUUGUCAUGAGCGUCCUGCACUUGAGCGACAUCAGCAUUCUGGUCAUCGUGUACAUGUGCUUGAUGAAUUUGUUUGUCACCCUUUUCCCGUCGAUCCUUUCCUACACGGAGAACUUCAAGCUGCUCAACAUCCGCGGCAUUUCGCGCGAGGAAAUCAAGGACAACAUCCGGAAGAGCCGCACCCCCGACGCAGCCGGCGGCAGCGACGACCACCCCUCCUUCGACCCGCCGGCCAAGCACCUGGUCAGUGAUAGCGGGGGCAACCACCAUCACCACAUGCAUUCGGAUGACCACAGCGGCGAGGUGAUCACCCACAACAAGCUGGCCAAUGUGGACCUCGAGAAGGGCAUCGACCCGGUCGAGGAGGACAGUGACGAGGAGUCCUCGCCUCUGCGGGCGGCCGGCCGCCGCACGCCCGACAGCCAGAUCACCACCAGCGGUGGCCCUGGCUCUGGCAGCACCUCCACCACUUCGCUGACGUCGCCGGGCGGGAAUUCCGUCAUCGCCCUGGGCCCCGAGGCCGGGUCGGCCGUGAGUCUGCCCAUGCCGGUGGCCAUGCGCGGUGGCCUGGCCAGCCUGGCCGGGGCCGGGGUGGCCGGCUCGCGCGGGGCCCCCGGUCGCGGCACUCAAACUCUGCCCACGCGCGGGGGCAGCGCCAAUGUCGGCGCCUGUCCCAGCAGCCAGCACUUCAAGUACCUGUAUGACGAGCUGGCCUCCCGAGGGAGCGACGAGGCUCGGCGUGACUUCGAGCAAUUCUGCCUGCAGUCCUUCUGCACCGAGAUCAUGGUCUUCUACAACGCGGUCGGGGUGUACCAUGCCAACUUCGACCUGCUGACGCCGGAGCGCCGCUUCGUCGAGUCGCGCACCCUGGCCGCGCGCUUCAUCCAGUCCGGCGCCGAGCUUGAAUUGAACCUGGACGACCGUGUCAAGAAGCGCAUUCUCCAACGCCUUGGCUUCGUCAAGGGGCAUGCCGGGGCCCUUCGCAGCUACCACGAGGCCGUGGCCCAUGCGCAGGUCACCGGCUCCGAGAGCACUCCGCCCAACUCGCCGACCGCCCCCUCCGGUGGGCUCAUGGGCCGGGGGAGCCGGUCGCGCACGCCGUCGCAGCGCCUGGGCGGUGGAUCGGUGCCGCCGGCGGCGGCUGCCGCCGCGGCUGCCCAUGCCACCGCCGGCGCUGGCGCCUCCAGCACCAGCGUCCCUGCCCCGGGGCCCGGGUCGGCAAUGGCCAUGCCACAGCAGCCGAUGGCCAUGACCAGCGCCUCCUCCGCCGGCGGCUCGGGGGCCUCCUCCAAGAACACCAGCCAGCUGGCGGUGCCGGAACAGCCCUCGGCCGGCCAGCAGCAGCAGCAACACCAUUCUUCGGGCGGCACCCCGAGGAUCGGCGGCUCCCAGGCGAGCCUCGCCCUGGCAACCGGUGGGGCGACCCCCGGGUCCGGGUCCGCGGUGGCGGUCGUCCCGCGCCCGGGCGGCGGCAGCCUCAGCAUCCAGGUGGACAUCCAGCGCGACCUCUUCUCGGAUGCCGAGCGCGACUGCCGCAGCCAGCUGAACAACCUCGUGCGCGCUUGGGCCAUGACCGCACGCGGGAGCUACCACUAUGCGGCACUCUUCAUGAUGCACGGCCCCGGGGACUCCAUCAAUGGCGGCGGCCCGGGCGGGCACCUCGGCCCUUCGCCCUACGGCCCUGGCGGCCCCAAUGGGUCCGGGGUCGCCGGCGGCGGUGGCAGCCGCGGCGGCGGCGCCUCCCAGGGUGGCUUCUUCUCUUGGUGGGGCUCGCUCUUUGGCCGGGGCCACGCCGGGCAGGAUGCCGCUGGCGGCGGCCCGGGCAGCCGGAGCGCCGGCCCCGGGGCGGCCGUCGGCGGCGGCCGUCGGCCUCCCUCCACCAUCACCGAGGAGGAGGCCGUCGCCUUGCGGCCCUCCCUGUCGGCCGACUCGCCGGCCGAUGCCACCACCCGGCGAUGCUCCAAUCCCGAGGGGUCCAUUGUCCUGUCGGUGAUUGCGGCCUCCUCGCCGAGCCCCUCCCGCGGGGGGACCCUUCCCCGGAGCCAGGCCGCCACCGGGUCGGGCGUCCGGCUGAAUGGCGCCUCCUCCGAGGAGUACAUCCUCGGGUCCAUGGACUCCGGCACCGGGGCCGGCCUCAACACCACCGGGUCACUGGCCCUGCGCCAUGGGUCCGAGACUCUGGCUGCGGCCACCAUCAUGGCCGUCGACACCAAUCUCUCGGUGGACCCGAACAAUCACUUCGAAAUGCGCAGCACCACCCCCCGGGGGAUGGUGUAUUCCGCCAGCACGGACCGGCUUUGAAAAAGUGGAGAGGAUGUGGGUCCGAUGAUGCCCAGCUGUGUGGCGCAUCAGUGUCCACACAUAUGUGCUGCAUAUCAUACAUACGCAUCAACGGAGGCAUGUGUGCGUGCCAGUCGGUGU